AUGCCUUCGACAAAGACGCUUCUACAAAUACCAGCUGUAGCAUUUGCUCUGCUAGGGUUAAUAGCCAUAUUUGUUGCCCUAGCAACGCCAGCUUGGCAGGUCGUCUAUGCCAGAGAAUUGCAGCAGUGGUUACAAAGUGGUUUGUGGAUGUCGUGCAGGACAAGACCUUCAGGAAUGUACAUGUGCUCCUAUGCAUUCUCCCAAAGAAAUCAUGAAAUGCCCUCCCAGAUGGAUGUACUGAACCAGGACGCCGGUGAUUUGUACUUCUCCACAUGGCAACAAACUCUUCUACACAUAUUCCUCGCAGGACAACUCUGCGCUAUUCUCUGUCUAAUAGCCUUUUUGCUUCACUUGGAACUCACUCUACGCGGGAGUAGCUAG